GUUACAACACCCUCACGGUGACGGGCCCAACUCAUAAGCAAAUUCCUUUAGAACCUCUCGUCCCCAUAUUCGUCACUCGUAUGCAAAUCCCAAAGCUCGAAUUGCAGAAGCUCGAAUUGAGGAAGCUCGUUCCAGAUGAAUUUUUCAAGUGUUGUGGCUGGAAAUCAGGGAUAAAUGACCUGUGAUCCCCGGGCCGAGGGCGGCCGCCCCUCCUGCCCUGGCUCAGGGACGGUAGGAGCUUGAUCAUUUGAGAAGUUUGGGAGAAACACAGUUGCUUUGUGGUAUUUGAUUGAUACAGUUCUUGAGAUGUAUAGCUGAGAACAUUAGGACGUGCCCCAUCUAUCAGUCUAUCUUAACGAUUCACACAUGGCAAGUUUAUACUUCCAUUGUCUCAGACGAGUUGUUAGGUUCUCUGUGUCAAUAUUCAGCUCUUCCUAUUCCCAAUAUGACUGUCUUUCUCCUAGGUACUCUCUCCUUCUUUACCCUGAAAGGCUUCACUCACCCCUUCCUAUGUCCUUACCUCUUUCUUCUUCUUCUUCCUCUUCCAGGUUGACGUCGCAUAACCCUGGACUCAUUUGGAAAACUUGUAGAUCACUGGGUUUUGCGAACCCAUUAAAACCCUUUUUAGUGUCCCGGAAUUUCAGCAAUGGCACAGUGAAUUUGGUUAUAUCUCAAGGGAAACCCAAAUUUGAAGUACAAGAAGUUGAUCAUCCUAAGAAAGAGAAGUGGAUGACAAAGAAGAGGCUCAAGAUGCAGAGGUUAAGAGAGAAACAAAAGAGGAAAGCAGCAAAUAGGAGAGAUCCAAGACGUCUCACUGUUAAGAGGAAGAAGCAAAAGUUUGCUAGCGUUGAAGAGAGGAUCAAAGACAAGCUCGUAAAGGCAAGAAUCAAAGAGGCCUUAUUGGUUGAACGACUCAAAAAGUACGAAGUUCCGAAGGUUCAGGGUCCUGUUGUUCAACCUCACAUUCUAAGCGGUGAGGAGAAGUUUUACUUCAAGAAGAUGGCGCAGAAAAGAUCUAAUUAUGUUCCAGUUGGCAGAAGAGGGGUGUUUGGCGGUGUCAUUCUCAACAUGCAUAUGCACUGGAAGAAACACGAAACAGUGAAGGUCUUCUUUAAGCCUUGUAAACCAGGCCAAAUACAAGAAUACGUGCAAGAAAUAGAACGAUUAAGUGGUGGGAUAGCAAUACAAAUAAUAGAAGAUGACACUGCCAUAUUUUACAGAGGAAAGAACUAUGUGCAACCGAAAGUCAUGUCACCCAUUGAUACACUGUCCAAGAAAAGGGCCUUGGAGAAAUCCAAGUAUGAGCAGUCGCUAGAAACUCUGAGACACUUCAUUGCUGUGGCUGAAAAGGAAUCGGAGCUCUAUUACAGGCAUAUAGCUCUUUAUAGUAACUCGAACAAACAGAAUUGCGAUGUAGUUGCUCAAAAUCCAAGUAAAGAUGCAAAUGACACUGUAAAUCUUCAUUUCACUAAAAGCGAGAUUCUUGAGCCGGCCCUUAAUUCUACAUACCAUUUUGAAAUGGUCGUAGAUGGUACUGAAGAUUUAUCUUCCAGUGAGCUGGUGCAAGAUGAUGACAGCAUGUCUGAUGAUGAAGAUGAUCUUGAUCCUUAAGAGAGAGAAAGCUUUUUUCAGCUAAUAAAAAUCACAAUAUGCAAGUUGUUAAUCUGCAAGUUAUCUAACCCCAGAUAUGAUCAUUUUGUGUCAUCUCAUAUUAAUUGCCUACUGCAAAGGUUAAACAUAUUACAAGGCAACUAGGCAAGGCUGUAACUGAAUAGAGAAAUAAUCUUGACUGUCUCAGAAUCCCAGGACAAUCACGAGUCACCACUGUAUCUGAAGUCUAUUUAGCCUAGUUAGGCGAUGAAACCAGUAAUCACGAGUCACCAGUCAUACGAUAUGUCGAUUUCUAAAUGCUUUAGAGGUUGGAUUUGUAAGUAAUAUUAUCUUUUUGAUAUACAACUUCUGUAAAGGCAACUUUGACAUUUAUAUUAUCUGUGAUUAGCUAUUA